CUAUUGAAACGGCGCUAUUUGGCCUUCUGGUAUCCCCCACCGAUAGAUCAGGCCUCUGGUCAGCGGUCUGCCGUUGCUCCCAACGCUCCUGUGCGUCUUCCUCCGUUAGUAGCCAUCUCACUUUGCGUGGUCUCUGUCCUCACUCCAAUGCUCUUCGUUUACCCUGCUAAUCUUCUACGCACGCGCUUCCAGAUUAUAAUUCAUGUGUACCUCAAGGAUGUCACCGAGAAACCUGUGCCUUAUCUAUCAUUCGAGCCCGCAAGACUUUCUGGUAUUUCGAUGGCACAUGCGAAAUUAUAA